AUGUCACAGGAGUCAUCCACAUCGCCGCCGAGAGCCGAGCGACACGACCCAUCGACCUCGCCGUCUCGCGGAAGCACUUCGUCGACCAACACCAACAUCCCGUGCGAGUCCGCGCUGCAGCUGGGCCCUACACUCUGGGUGGAGAUGUUUGAAAACCAGCGCUGGUAUCCGGUUAUCGGAUGGGGGACCAGUCGCUUCCUCACCGACCUUCCUGCCUUCUGUUUUGUACCGCCGGCGCACCGCCUCUGCGGCGCUCACCCAAACGACUUCGACACCGCCUUCCAGUUGGUAAACCCUCCUUCUCCUCACGCCCCCAAUCCACAGUGGCCGGCUCACCGCAUCCUCACGGUGGCGCUCCCCGCUGGCUACCGGUGGGUGGGUUUCUGGGAGGUUUACACGGAGCAUCCACACGGCACUGACAUGGCCGGCUGGCGCUACGGAGAGCAGUUCCUGAGGCCUGUCGACAAGACCAGCACUGACCCUGCCAAUGCCGCGUCGCCCCAGCAGGUUUUGGCUCCGUUCAAAAAGACACACACGCCCUUGUGCGUCGUCCGCCGUCGCUUAUGGCGCCGCCGCGUGGCACUGGCGGGGGUGGACGAGCCUGCCUCGUCCAAGGACGACCUCUUCCCCGGCCACUCAGAGCAGCAACUGCAUUCCUACCUGAGUGAGAAAGAGGAGGAGAUGGAGAUGGCUGAGCACCUCAAGGAGGCGGAGUACAUGGCGGCCCAGGCUGGCGAGCCGUGGUCGCAGGAGCAGCAGAUGCGGGCGGAGGCGGAGCUGCGCAAAUUCUGCCGUGAGCGGCAAAACCGCGAGAGUGAGUCUCGCAUGCGCAGCACAAAACUGAGCUUCGUGAACUCAUUUAGCGAGACAGAGGGCUCUUUUCAUGUUUUUCCUGGCGACGACGACGACGACGGCCCCACAGACGUUAACGUGCAUCCGGAGGAGCAGUUCAGCGGCGCCGUAGCGGCGGCGUCUUGGGUGCGGGACAGUUGGUCGAAUCGCGCGGCGCCUGUCGUCUCGUCAUCGGUGGCGACGCCGGAUGACACGACUGCCGGGCAAAGCACCGAAUCCUCGCAUGGCGGCUGCACCCUUGAGGCUUACAGCACCACGGCGCCGAGCCGCGUGGAUGGAAGCGAUCUAGUGGGACAGAACACGGUUCAAGAGUUCGUCGCGUCCACUCCGACAGAUGCGGAGUCGUCGCGCACUGACGGUGCCGAUGCUGCCGCCGAAAACGCGGUGGAUCAGUUUGUGGCAUCCUCGCUGACCGACCCCGCUGCCUUGAACGACGACGACCAGGCUGCUGGUGUUUCGAUCGGUGGCAUCCGCGAUCCUACCGAUGCGGACUUCCGCGCGAUUUUUUCGCAGUUCAUGACUCCUUCUUGUGAUCACAAGCCGUCCUGA